GAUGAUGUCGGUUCAGAUGGUGGAGAUCUUGAAGUUGAGGCCGACAAUCAUCCUGAUCAGGGAUCAUCAAGAGAGGAUGCCGAGGAAGAUGGCCCGCCACGCAAAAGGCAAAAGACUGGCCGAGCGCAUGGUCACAGAGAAUUGUCUAUGGAUAUUGAAAGUGACGAUCUAUUUGCCCCUCAACAAAUUGACCAGUCAGCCUAUCCAAACCAUCUUCGUCUCGAGCAUCCUCCUCCCGUCCCACACCUUCUCGUCCUACAGGCCUUCCAAAAACUAUUACCCUAUGACCGCGUCACCUCCUCUCAGGUGCUACGUGCUUCUACUCGUGAUAUCACCCUUGCGAGCAGAAGCCCCUCCCCCUUUGUACAUGGACAGGCCUACACAAGUACCUCUUUGCCAGAUGUGGCUGCUCAAUAUGAUCGACACGUCACAUCAUCACCAUCUCCAAAGCCUGUAGCAAAACCUCGCCGACCUGAUACCGAGAAAAUCUUGCAUGAAAUGUACAAGGAGGAGCUAGUCGAGUGCAGGAAUCAACUCCAAAGGUACAAAUUUGACAAGGUGCCGAUGACGGACCGUCCGGCGCUUUGGGAGACGAUUAAAAAGAGGAUUGUUGAUGACCGAGUCCACCUCUAUCUCCAGGAAGUUGUGGAUAUUGUCCAGUACUCCGAUCGAACUGCAUUUCCAAUUGCUGGCGGUGCUUUUGACAAGAUCGACCAGGAGAUGAAGAAGCUUGAGAAGGAACUUAUCGAAAAUGGACGAAGCAAAACCGCAUUGCCCUCGUCCUCUCAAUUAGAUCCAAAUGGUGCAGCUAAACGACCAGGAAUUCACAACAAAAAGCCUGCAAGCACCUUGCAAGGCACGUCGACCCCAUCGGAACGUGCACAAGCGGCGAGCGCAACGCCCAAGUCUUCACAUCGCAUGCUAACAACGCCAAAGAUGACGCACGCGCAAGGAGAAACACCACCCUCUGUAACAUCGACUUCGCGUAAGGCCAUGCUUGCCGCGCAAAACUUUACAAGGCUUAUUUCUGAUGUCAACAAUGCGUCACCUCCGUCUAGCCCGUUACGCUCCUUGGCAAAUCAUCUCAACAUUCGUUCCGACUCCGAGGAUUCUGGAUCGAUCUAUCGAGCAAACGAAGAGGAAGAAGAACAAGAGCCGGUCUCCCCACCAAAGCGUAAUAAAGGGAAAGGAAAAGUCAAGGCGCGUCGUCCAAUCGUGACGGAGAACGGAGAGUCCAAACAGCAAGGAAAGAAAUCGUUCUCGAGCUCAGUCCAGUGCACUCUAACCGAGCAUUUAUACACCAAGUAUGGUACUGUUUCCGAUACGAUAAAAAUAUUUUCUGACCACUCCGACACCAUCUACCAACUAUCGCCGCUCGUUCCUUCUACCUACUCCGUGGAUGGGCUCCGCCUUCCUACAGUGGAUGCGGUGUCUACAGAGAGAAGCCAAGGAUUGGAGCACGGCCACCCAGCUACGAGACGAACAAACCUGAAUGAAUACCACUCUCGACCUCUACGUCACUUUGGGGAGCCUGUUUCCGCACCUUGA